UCAAGUAACUAACUACGAUUAAUAUGGUAUUAUAAAGAUAAUUAGUCGAUUAAUUGUUAUCAAUUUAAGCGUCAACAGUAAACCAUAAUUGUCACAUAACAAUUUGUCUCAUUACAAUUUUGAUUAUCAUUCAAUUUAUAUCUCAUUAAACUAGUGAUCACAAUUAACUAAUUGCAAUCAAAGCAGCGAGAAAAAAUCACCAAGUCAAUUUCAAUCCUUGUAAUUAAAUAAAUUGUCCAUUUAUUGAUUAUAUUAACAUGUGAUUAGAUUAAAUUGUUAACCUCUAGAAACGUUAAUUGUUAAUCAAUUUUCCAUCAAUCAACUUUUCCAUUGGUAAUCAAUUCAUUUGAUUGAACAUUUAACAUUUAAAAAGAUUGUGAGAAUUGAUUCAGAAUAUGAGUUCGUUAUGGAUGAUGAUGAUUUCUUCAACGAAAAAGUUUCAAUCAAAUCAAUGAACUUUUCACCCAUUGGAGUAAUUAAAGAGGUUCAUCAUUCAGCGAAAGAUUUAAUUGUGUUAUUAAGCUUCCUCAUUUCUUUAAUUGGUAUAAUUGUUGCUCUAAUUCAAUAUCGUUAUUCAAGAUUUAAUCAACGAAAAAUGCUCAAAGAUAUGGCGUCAUUACAAAAGGCCGAAGAUCAAAUUCACGAGCUACAACGGGAAUUGGACAAAGUGAAAAUGGAAUCAACAUCAAUCGGACAAUCAUCCAAUAUCGUAGCAAUUAGUGAUCAUAAUAAUAGACAAACAGGCAAUCACAACGAUGAACAAUCAAUCAAUCGAAAUCAAUAUUCAAUGGAUUCAGAAAUUACCGAUAAUAAUAACGAUCUUUACAAUUACUACAAUUCAUCGAGCCUCAUGGUUACAUCUGAUCUUGGGUCAGAUUUUUCUCGAAUCAAUGAAUUGGAGGAAGAGCUAAGACAAACAAGGGAACAAUUAAACAGAGCGGAAACUGCAUUAGCUAAUAAAUCAUGGGCACCACCUCAUCAACUCCAAUUGUGGUUACAAUUAACCCACGAACUUGAGCUGAAUCAUUAUAUCGCCAAGCGAUCAGCAGCCGAGAACCAAUUAGCUGCCGCAAAAGAAGGGUGUGAAAAACUAAAGAGGAAAAGAUCAACUUUUUUCGGCUCUCUUCGAGUCGCCCAUGGAUCUUCAAUCGACGAUGUUGAUAAUCGUAUUCUCCAGGCCAAACAAGCGCUUUCCGAAAUAACCAAAGAGCUCAAGGAGCGAUUGUAUCGUUGGCAGCAGAUUGAACAUCUCUGUGGAUUCCCAAUAGUCCAUAAUCGAGGAAUCGUUCAAAUUCAGGCGGAAAUUUUCACCAAUUACAAAAAUUCACCUUCGCCUGUUGACCUGAACCGAUCAACAAGCGAGAAUUACAUUGAAACCGAAACUGAAACAUUAACAUUAUCCAAAAGUCCAGGUAUAUCUCGAUAUGGAUUUAAUCAACGAUCGUUUCGAUCAAGUCACUCUUCAGAUCACAAAUCAAGUUUAUCGACUUCAUCAACAUCAGCUAAUUAUCAUCAAUCACAUCAUAUUCAACACAAUUAUCUACAUGCACAGUUAUCAAGAACCGAGCCUGCCAAUGGAUACGCGGAGACAAAUGAUCAAAACGAGUCAACACCGGACGAUGAAAGUUCUGGUUCAGAUUUGGAAACAGUAUCUUCAACAUCUCAUCGUCAUCCCCAUGCAAAUGUUUAUCCGGCUCAUCAUUACAACUCUUACCAACAUUCACUACCGAUACCAUCACCUCCACCUCUUCCUCCUCCACCGCCGACAUCUUCAUCCAGCUAUAACCAUGAUAGAGUGAUAUUUACAUUAGGAGAUGGUUUCUUGGACCAAGCAUCAAGUUUAGCUGAUGAAAGUUCAUUUUCAACUCAUCACCGACGAACCUGGAGCUCGAUUCGUCGAGCACCAAGACGAUCACGACGAGGAAAUGAUACAAAAAACACCGAAGUAUCUAAAUCAUUUUCUUUAACAAUCGAUGAUAACAAAACGGAAAUUGGAUCGACAAUCGAUCAACAACAACAAGACGAACGAAGGUCAAAUUCAGACCAUCAAACACGUAAAUCGAUACCACGUGUUUCCUAUGGGGAUACAGUCGAGAUAAAAGAAGCAAUAAAACAACAAGAUACUCAGAAUGAAGCAUCUUCAUCAACGAUCAACGAUCAAGACGAGGAUGUAGAGAAAUUAGUUUCAGAGGGAAAGAAAAUUAAUCCCAUUGGAAAAACAAUUAAUUCCUCUGAACAAUCAGCUGAUGAUAAUAAACCAAUUCCAACGUCAUCUCAUCCACAUAAACACUCAAUUUCCAAUUACUUCAAAGGUGCUCGAAGAUCGUUCAAGUUGAUGAGUUCAAAACGGAAAAGAUCAUCAACCGAUGAAAAUACAACGAAAAUCGAACCAUCGAAUCAAAGUGUUUCCAAUAAAGAAUCAAAUUAAACUUUAAAAAGAAUAACAAUUAACACAAUUCAUAUAUUCAAAAAUAAUCUAAACAAAUGGUUACUUUAAAUUACCAUCGAAAUGAUUUAACUAAUUGUUCAGGAAUGAGACAAGAAAUUGUAAUAAAAUUACCUUGAUUAACUUGAUAAUCGUUAAGACAAUUAAACUUUUUUGUUACAUUUAGGAUAUUAUCAGAAAUUAAGUAAUCAUUACAUCGUUCUGGUUUUAAUAUAAUGUCAAUAUUGUUGAUGAUCAAUUGUUACAAUUAGUUAAUUGUCAUUGUAUCAAUUGGAACGUAAAACUAACUACAAAUCAAUUUGUAACAAUCAAGGGUUGUUUACCUUACGACAAUUUAGCUUUGUAACAUUUGAACAAUAACAAAAAAUUGAAUCUAUUUAUUUGAUAACAUCAAAUAUUAAAUUUUCAUCGUAA